AUACAAUUUUCCAUACAUUCAAUAUGGCCUAGAGCAGUAUUCAUCGUGGUAUAAUAUAGAUACGAUGGCUACUAGUGAGGGUGUGGAGUUUUUCUGCUCUGGUGACCAGCUGCUACAGCGGAUACUGUCUGUGGAUUUUUACUGUGACCUUCCUCGAGAUGUGUCUGGUAAUUUGUCUGAUGUCCAGAAGCGUAUUCGUUGGCAUCGCCCCUUGGAAGAGCUUCCAAGCUUUAUUGACGACCUGGCGAAAUACCACAGAUGCUUUUUCCCCUUGUACAUGACUGAGUGCCUUCAGAUGCUUGCAAGCAGCAAGUACAUGAGUAUGGGCUACCCUCUACGUGUUUACAAGGUAAGAUACCAAUUGAUAGACAAUUUUGCGCUCGUCAAUUUUUAUGGGAAAACUGGGUUUCCAUUCAUUCCUGGCGACCUCGUAUUGCUCUACAUUGGUGGAGUUGGUCAUGAUGUAGUCCCUGACUCUGGAAUGCCCACUAUACAGGAAAGCGUAGAUACCUCUGAUUGGGACGAUGUACCACUGUUUGUUUCGGUGCCAGCGGACCACCCAUUGUACCAGGACACGCUUAAGCAUUCCAUUGGGUUUGUGACCAGUGUCAGCAAGAACCAAUGCACCCUCAAGAUUCUUAUACGCCCUCCUGAUUUCUGCAAUAUGGCUACCUUUGACAUGCGCAGUAUUGCCCGCAUGGAGACCAUGCAGUAUUUGCUCGAGAACACCUCCAACAUUAUAAUGGGUUCUGCAAGUAUAGAGGAGCCCACAACUGCAGAGUCCUGGUACGUGUCGAAGCUAUGCUCAUUCGCUACCUCGAUGCGUGAGUUCCGCGCCUUGUGCCAGAUGAAAAGCAUGCCGCUGGUCAACAAGAUGCUGGGUAAGUACUCAGGUCCCGUUAUGAGUGAUUCCAUCGGGGACGAUAAGACGUGUUACCUCGAGGGUGUAAGCAUACCGGAGAAGCUGAAAAGAAGCCUAGAGGCGGCUUACAACGAUGCGCAGCUGCGCUCCAUUCGCAACAGUUUGACUAGUAAUGGCAUAACCCUUAUCCAGGGUCCGCCGGGUACUGGUAAGACUACCACCAUUAUAGGUUUGAUUAGCGCUAUCCUGGAGCACGACAUGUUACCGCCAAGUUGUAAUGCUGUUAGUGGGCCCAUAUAUGAACACAAUGCUGCUAACGCCGUGUCACGUUGCCCGUGGUUCACAACAGAUGCGAGGCAGAGUGAGCCCUUGGAGGUGGCUUUUGACGAAUUGAAUCUAACUGAGGCGCACAUGGAAGCCGGAGUGCACCGGUAUGAUUCCUAUGCAUGUAUGAAGCCCAGCACAAGCACUGCUGUGGAGACCAUUGUUGUACCUACCAUGCGCCAAAGUAAGCGCAGGAUACUGAUAUGCGCACCGUCUAAUGCAGCGAUUGACGAAAUAGUGCGUCGGCUUGUUAGGCCUGUUACCGGCGGUAUAUUCAACGCCGAGGGCGAACGUUAUAACCCCAAUGUCACUCGUAUAGGCCCGAACUUCCAUGACGACCUUAAGCAAUACAGCCUAAAGAGUAAAGUUGAUGCUUUGGGAUAUAAGCUAUACGGGCGAAUAUACAAUAAAACGAAGUACCACGCUAGACAUCGGCUAACUAGGGAGACUUUGAACGACAGUGAUAUCAUAUGCUCCACCCUAUCAGCUUGUGGUUCACCGGAGCUGUUUGUACAUCGCAAUAUGUUCGACACUUUGAUUAUCGACGAGGCGACCCAGGCAGUUGAGCUGUCCACCUUGAUUGCCUUGAGCAUAGGCUGUCGUCGGGUUAUACUGGUAGGUGAUCCUUGCCAGCUAUCGGCCACAGUAUGCUCCAAUGUCGCCGUAUCGUUAAAGUACGAUAGAUCAUUGUUCCAGAGGCUGCAGAUGUGUGGCUACCCCGUUAAUCUAUUGGAUAUUCAAUAUCGCAUGGACCCGCUUAUAAGCAGGUUUCCCUCGAUGUACUUCUACCGCAACCAACUGAAGGACGCCCCGAGUGUCUACGAGCGCCAGAAAUCUGAUUGGCGCGAAUUCCCGUUACUCAGGCCGGCAGUGUUUUACGCUAUAGACUCACUGCAGAUGAAGAAUGAAACCUCGUACAUGAACGAGAUGGAAGCUGAGUUGGUAUGCCAGCUGCUAGAGCUGAUAUUGGACGUGCUCGCAGCAGAGCCGGGGUUCGAGUUAUCGUCACUCGAGCAAAGGGUGGCUGUAAUAACUACGUAUUCAGCACAGGUGGCCCUGCUUAAAGAGACUAUAGCCCGGCGCCACCCGCAGUUAGUGGUACCUUCCGUUGAUAAGGACUCCAUAUUACCGGGGAUAUCUUACCCCAAACUGCUAUUUGAUGUUAGUUCAGUUGAUGGUUUCCAGGGUAUGGAAAAGGAAAUUGUAAUUUUCAGCGCCGUACGCACGAGCUAUGCCGAUGGGCAGAAACCCAUGAAAAAAGGGUUGCAGGAUUUCACGCCUCCUAACAUACUCACUAUAGAUCAGGAGCCUCAUGACCCCAAGAAGUUAAAGAAAUUCAGUGCAAUGACUGAAUCCUAUGUCAAAGAGGUGGAGUCAGGUAAAGCAGUGCCUGAUAUCCGUGAUGUAGUUGAUGUAUCGUUUAUUGCCGAUCGGCGCCGUAUCAAUGUGGCCAUUACCCGAGCUUGUAGAAACCUGUUCAUCGUGGGUAAUCCUCGGUACUUACUCGGGCAUACACAUUGGCGUGCUUUAUACAAGCAUUACGCUUACUGCGGCUCCAUCUUUUUGUGCAAGCUUGGACGUAAUACUUUAAAGCCUAACUAUCUAAAGUCUUGGGCGAAGGACUAUCUGCAGAAGGACCCGGUCGCAUAUGAGCGAUUCCAGCAGAACCCAUCACUGCAAGCAUUCGUUCAAAAUGUAAUGGCCCACUAGCCAACAAAAAUAGUAACCCU